AUGAACAACAUCGAAAACCUUACUCAGAUUGAGGACGAGUCCACAGAAGUAAAUUUCGUGGACUCGGACUAUCUCCUCGAUCUCUCGCCGGCACAGUUCCCGGACUCGUCCAUGAUGCUGCCUUCUUAUGACCCGAAUCAGUGGCCCCAUCUGGAACACUCGCCACUUGAAAAUGCUCCUCCUGUUUCUUCCAUGGAUCAUCUAGACAUGUUUGGUCUGGACAUGGCCAUGGACUCUAUGCCCCAGGCCGUCAACAAUCUUGAUCUCUCACCAUCAACGGUAGAAGGCGAUUUUCUUUUCAGUUACCCUGAUACCUCUUCCUUUGUCAUCGCAAGUUCUUCGAAUUCGCUGCUCAACUUUCCUGAAACCCAGGACGAAGUAUGUCUAGGGGAUAUGUUGCUUUCUGGUUCACUGGAUCUCGACUUCACUCUGUAG